UAUUUAUUUAUUUUGUCAUAAAUCCGUACACUCUUCCAUCCAAGUCGACAGACUCCAUAGCCAGCUGGCCGGAGAGCACCAGGGAAAGAAAGAAAGAAAGAGAGAAAGCAAAACUACCUGACAAUGGCGCCCAAGAAUGGCUUCACCGCCACCACUGCUCCUACUUCUGUAACAUCUAUCUUCCUUCUCUUCACUUUCUUCUUCACUCUCUCUCUUAUGCUCUUCUUCCUCUUCGGUUCAUAUCACCAUGUCGAUUACUCAUCAUCAUAUCUGAUCUCCCAUAGCGAUCGCUCCUCAGAUUCAAUCAAAGUCUACGUAUCAGACCUCCCCAGAUCCCUCAACUACGGCCUCCUAGACAAGUACUGGUCCUUCGAUGCCGAUUCCAGGCUAGGCAGCGAUGCCGAUCGCGAGAUUCGAUCCUCACUUUCUCACAAAACCCUAAAAACUCCUCCUUAUCCCGAGAAUCCACUGAUCAAGCAGUACAGCGCGGAGUACUGGAUCUUGGGUGAUCUGACGACACCUCUCGAGCAAAGGGCAAUGUCGUUUGCCAAGAGGGUUUUCGAUGUCGACGAAGCUGAUGUCGUUUUCGUGCCCUUUUUCGCCACUCUGAGCGCUGAAAUGCAGCUGGGAAUGGCUAAAGGGGCGUUUAGGAAGAAAGCGGGGAAUGAGGACUAUGAAAGGCAAAGAGAAGUGGUGGAGUUGGUGAAGAGCACUGAGGCCUGGAACAGGUCCGGUGGCAGAGACCAUGUCUUUGUUCUCACUGACCCAGUAGCAAUGUGGCAUGUUAGAGCUGAGAUAGCCCCUGCUAUCUUACUGGUGGUAGACUUUGGUGGAUGGUACAGACUUGACUCAAAAUCAUCUGAUGGUGGCAACUCAUCAGAUUUGAUUCAGCAUACACAAGUCUCGUUACUCAAAGAUGUGAUCAUUCCAUACUCCCAUCUACUCCCAAGAUUGCAUCUCUCAGAAAACAAGAAUCGUGAAACCCUUCUUUAUUUUAAAGGGGCAAAACAUAGGCAUCGGGGAGGCCUGGUUCGGGAAAAAUUGUGGGACUUGUUGGUUGAUAAGCCAGGUGUUAUAAUGGAAGAAGGGUUCCCUAAUGCAACUGGGAGAGAGCAAUCAAUAAAAGGGAUGAGAUCAUCUGAGUUUUGCUUGAACCCUGCUGGAGACACUCCCACUUCAUGCCGGCUUUUUGACGCCAUUCAAAGUCUUUGUAUACCUGUUAUUGUUAGCGACAACAUCGAACUCCCCUUCGAAGGCACGGUAGAUUAUUUGGAAUUCUCUGUUUUCGUGGCAGUUAGUGAUGCGUUGAAACCAAAUUGGCUAGUGAGUCAUCUUAGGAGCUUUUCAAGAAAACAGAAAGAUACAUUUCGUCGGAAAAUGGCAGAGGCACAGCCCAUUUUUCAAUACGAUAAUGGUCAUUAUGGUGGGAUUGGGCCAAUCCCUCAAGACGGCGCAGUCAAUCACAUAUGGAGAAAGGUCCAUCAGAAACUGCCCAUGAUCAAGGAAGCCAUUGUUCGCGAGAAGAGAAAACCAUCCGGCGUAUCCAUUCCACACCGCUGUCACUGUACUUGACUUCACUUUUUGUGUUCAUACAAGAUAUGUUUCUACACACCCAAUAGCUUAAUUCAUGAUAAUUUCAUUUUAUUUUGGUUAUUGUAAUUUAUUCCUUCCUUAUUAUAAACAUUUAUACUUAAAAUGUUGUGAACUACCAUUGCUCCAAAGAUAAAUGAUCAAUUUACAUACAUUUGUUUUU